UGGAUAUUGGUAUUUGGUUGUGCAAACAUUUUACCCAAAUUCCGAAUGCUUCCUUCCCCAUCUCGAGCCUCCUCCAUUAAUGAAACAUCAAGGCCUCAUUCUCACUCACACUUCUCAACCUCCAAGGAAAUAAAUUAGGCCCAUGCAAAAAAAGAAGGAAAAAAAAAAACACACACACAUUACAAUUCACAACAGCUUUCAUUUGAAAUCUCUGUACUCUUACACUUCACGAGGUUGCACGCCUUCUCUCCCAAUUCGAUUUACCCUCUUCACUUCUCCAGCUUUCUCUCUGUCUUUUCUUCUUCUUCUCUCUCUGGUUUUCGUUUUCAAAAUCCACUGGGGAAAACCAAAGGAGCUUUUGGUUUUUAGGUCCAUUUCAUUACAUUCCGAUGUCAUCAUUGGCGACAGUGACUGCUACAAGAAGGCCCAAAUGGCAGUACCCGCAACCGGCGCCUCCGACUCCCAGGAUUCUCCACUUUCCGAGGAGGCCGAGGACGCGGCGCCGGCCGUCCAAGAGUGUACCUGCAAAACCCAGUUCCGGUUUCGAUGGGAGAGGGAAGCUCGAGGCGUUGUUCGACCAGGAACGGGCGUUUUUGAAGGACGGCUUUCCGGUUGUUUUGAUGGAUCGUGGUGAGGGGAGGAGUGAGAGAGUGGAGGAGAGAGAGAUCGUUGGCGUCGCAAGUGCAGCGGCGGAGGAGAAGUGGCGGUUUCAGGCGGAGAUGUUGAGGGCGGAGUGUAACUUGUUGAGGAUGGAAAGAGAGAUUACCAACAAGAAAUUGGAGAAGAUGAAGGUUCGAAUGGAGAGGACUCUGAAAUCAGCUGUUCAAGCUCUUGUUUCUGGGAAAAACAAGGUAUAUGAAGGCAAGGAUAUGGAGAUGGUAUUGGAGGAUGAGAUCAACGAUUUGGCUAAAAAACUCGAGAGGUUGCGAAGGGGCUCAAGAAACAAACAGAUAGUAGUUAGGAAGUGUAGUAAUUUUGACAAACGUGCGUCGUUACUACAGAGAAAGCUUGAGAAAAUUGAUGGGAACUCUGGUGAACUGAUUGCUACAGAGACGAAGGACGCUUGUGGAGAUCACGAAAGCUUCAUUUCAAGUGGAAAAUUCAAUAAUGUUCAGGUGGAGGUUUUGAGGAGAAAAAUGGAAGAUCUGUCGAAGGGAACUUUGUUAGAGAAAAUGAGGGAGGAAUGUAGGUCCAUGCUUUCCAUUACAGCCACCAGUUCCGUCGUCAGCUCCGCCACUAGCUCCGCCGCAUCUUCGAAGAUCAGAACCGAGCAUCCGGAUUCAUCCAUGCCGACACACCUACCGAAUCUGGACUCAACAUCACAAGAACGGAAUCAAUGCUCAGGGCAUUGCAAGGCGAUUAUUCGAAGAAUCACGGAGCAAGUUAAAGCCGAAAAAGAUCAAUGGUCGCAAAUGCAGGAGAUGUUGAAUCAAGUGAGGGAAGAGAUGGAAGAGUUGCAGGUUUCUCGAGAGUUCUGGAAAGAUCAAGCCCUGGAAUCCGAAUCUCAAAUCCGAUCUCUUCAAUCCUCUGUUGAAGAAUGGAAACACAAGGUGAUUGCGCAUGAAAGCAAAACAAAGGAGGUCGAGAGGUCGAAGAAGAAGGGGCAAGGACGACAUGGACAAGCUUCGCCACCAGAUGAAAUGGAGAAGCAUGUGCUGAUCUGCCGCGUGAAGGAGAAGAAUCCUAACCUCCUCCAUGCACGCGAUGUUCGAAGCAGGCGUAGAGAGAUCUCCAUUGAUGAACAGCAACUGCAACAACAACAGCAACAAAAAAUUCAUUCGCAUAUCAAAGCGUUCGAGAAAUCUCAACGAUUACCUUUUCGAGAUAUCACUAACAAUUACCUUCAUAAGUGAAUUUUAGAUCCUUACUUCCAAGGAAAUUUAACCUUCUUUUUAGAUGCUUUUGUCUGUUUCCCGAAUUUGUACAUAUAUGUUGAGCC